UAGGUAUAAAGCUAGGGCCUUUGUUGCCCAGCCCAGGCGCAGGGAUGGAUGCCCUAAGCGUUCUCCGCGACUACACGGCGCGCAAGGAGCUGGGCAAUGUCCACCGCGUGGGCGACGAGUUCCGCUUCGGCAAUGACUACAGGUUCCCGUGCAGCACCGAGACGGGCUACCGCUCCAAGCUCGGCUUCUUCUACACGCUCGACUCGCUCGUCUUCUUCGUCAAGAGCAGCAACCUCAAGCACACCGAGUACAUGCAGCAGGCGCGAGCUCUCAAGCUCCAGAUCGUCACCUACACCGACAAGAAGCCGCUGCUCGACUACCUCGAAGGCAAGGUCUCCACCAGUGAUGCCAUCGAGCUCUUGCCGCCGGUCGCCUCGUCGGCGGCGUCGCUGGACAAGCUCUCCCCGGGCGAUCUCGCUGCCGCGGACGAGGCCGGGGCUCUCCACCCGAGCAAGCGGCCCCGGAGCGACCAAGACCAGCCUGUGGAUGCCUGCCUCCUCAUCGAGCUGGUGAGGAGCCUGGAGCGUCCCGUGCGUGAUCGCGAGACCAUCCUCCUCUGUCCCAACAAGAGCUUCGAGGGGAUCCUCUCCACCUUGGGACGCCGGGAGCGCAUCGAGCAGCAGUCCCAGCAGCAGUCACAGCAGCAAUCCCAGAACUCGCAGAGGAGAGAGCCACAAUCUUCUUCCACGGAUAAGUUCGUCAAAGUGGAGCCGGAUCUCAAGUCUGCCGCUGCUCCUUCCAUGGAGAAGCGACCCCCGCCACCACCACCAUCUUCCCAGCAAACUCUGGCGAGAUCGUCGAGCAAGGCCAAGAUCGAAGGACCACCUAUCAUCCUCGUUCCAAAUGCCUCGCAGACGCUGCUCAACACCUUCAACGCCAAGGAGUUCCUGGAAGAUGGUGUCUACGUCCUGGCCGAUGCCAAAAAGUCCGCCGCUGCCAAGAAGCCCGAGACGCUUCCCAUCUACCGGAAGAUCGGCCGGGAGAUCCCAGUCAAGUACGAGGUGAGAGACAGGCCGUCGGCUCUCUCCUCCAAGGACUGGGAACGAGUCGUUGCUGUCUUCGUUCUCGGCAAGGAGUGGCAAUUCAAGGACUGGCCGUUCAAGGACCACGUCGAGAUCUUCAACAAGAUUUUGGGAGUGUACCUGAGAUUCGAGGACGACAGCAUGGAAUCGGUUAAAGUCGUGAUGCAAUGGAAUGUCAAGAUCAUCUCGCUGAGCAAGCACAAGAGGCACCAGGACCGCACGGCAGUUCUCGAGUUUUGGGAUAAACUCGAUGCCUUUGUGCGAGCCCGGAGGCUGCCUAUUGUCUUUUGAGAUGAUGGUCACUCCUGCCGCUCUAGUUCUGCCAUCCGCUCGAUUAUUGCCUGGAACAAACUCAUGAAUCCAAGGAACAAAGACGAGAACAUACGACGGCAUACCUUUUUGCUGGUUUCUUGUAACUCGCCAGCAAGAAUGAACUCGUCGAGGAUCAAGUAAACCUGUAAACGAAACCAGCAGGCGCUGAGUGCUUGCAACACCAGACCGGGAGAAUAAAAAAGCAAGGAAAGAAACUGGCCUUGUGGAAGUUGAAAACCA